AUGACUUCACACCCAUCCCCAAUCCCUACCAAAUCAGAAGAAACACAAUCAACCGAGAAUGCUCCGUCAUCUAGCCCACUGCGUACAGCCAGAUCCCUCGUCCUCCUUCAACUCCUCUCCCGACUCCUAACCUUUACUCUCAAUCAGGUAUUACUCCGGUUAGCUUCUCCAGCAGUAUUCGGGACAGCUGCUAUCCAACUCGACUUGACUUGCUCGACCAUCCUCUUCUUAUCCCGAGAGGGUAUUCGAAAUGCUCUCUUACGGACAAAAUUAAACCCACCCGGUGAUGAUGUUCAAAAAGAUGAACGACAAGUCAAAGCUUUAUCGACGAUACCCUUCCAGCUAGGUUUAGUCAUUUCAGUGAUAGUAGGAUCGAUAUAUAUCUACAGCUCUGAUUCGACUACAACAUCUCAACCGAAUUUCUACCCUUCUUUGGGGAUGUACAUCCUUGGAUCGUUGAUGGAACUUUCGAUAGAACCUGUAUACAUAGCGAUUCAUAGAUCAAAAACGCCAAGAUUGGGUGUGAGACUGAGGGCAGAGGGAGGUAUGGCGAUUCUCAGAUCAGUGAUAACUGUUAUUAGUCUAUUGGGACUAGGAGAUAAGAAUGCUCUGCUGUCGUUCGCUCUCGGUCAAAUGGCCGGUGCAGGCUGGUUGUUAGUGGUUUAUUUGAAGGAGGUCAAGUGGGAUGUAAACACUUUGUUCAGGGCGGAUAGAGUAAAAGGAGAAACUCGGUUCAACUCUCAGACAGUUUCAUUGGCACUUGCAAAUACCGGACAAAGCUUCAUCAAGCAUUUGCUCACCGAAGCCGAUAGGAUAGCAGUAGCUAGGAUAUGCCCUUUAGAUGGUCAAGGAGGUUAUGCAGUCGCUAUGAACUAUGGUUCAUUAAUCGCUCGAAUCAUCUUUCAACCCCUCGAAGAAUCCCUCUUGCUCCAUUACUCUUCCUCUUCACCAACUUCACCUCAUACCAUAUCCCUUUACACUUUGACUAUCAGACUAUCGCUAUACCUCGCAACCAUAAUCUUAUCAUUCGUUCAGCCAUUAUACCCGUCCUUAUCGGUCAUCCUCUUACCUAAACAAUAUCAAUCCACUAGCGCACCAUCGAUAUUACAUCUUUACCUGAUCAGUUACAUCCCUUUGAUGAGUCUUAAUGGAAUCACAGAGACGUUCGUCACUUCUUCUGCUACUCCCAAACAAAUUAAAGAACAGUCUAAAUGGAUGAUAGCGAGUUCGCUUGUAUUCGCAUUGACUCUGUUUGGAUUGACCAAUACCGACUUUGAUACGCAUUUUUGGAACACACGACCGACAAGAGAAGAGUCUUUGAUCUUAGCAUCAUGUUCAGCUAUGCUAGUCCGAAUAGUGUUCUCAUUCUUACAUGCCAAAUCGACAUUCUCGACCAAAUUCAGAGUAAAGGAUGUACUACCUGAUCUCAGAAUUAUCAUUUGGAACUUCUCGGUAUGGUUUUUGUUGGAUAAGUUGGCGAAGACUGGUAGAUGGAAAGUGAAUUGGAAAGGAUGGAUUGAAUUGAUUGGUGCAGGAGGGGUUUUGGGUUUGGUCACCUUGGGUUUUAUAUUUUUGGUCGAAAGAGGUAGAUUGCAUGAUCUCAGGAGUAGUAGCAAAGGUAAAAAGGUAGAGUAG